AUGGUGGCCUCAACCUUUCUGACGACGGCACUUGCCGCUGUUAGCCUGUUGUUCUCUGCUGACGGAGCUCUGGCGAGGCAGUCAGGGUUCACACCCCCUUCUCGCACUUACCAUGGCAGCAGAGAGGUCUGCCCGGAACGUUGCUACGUUUCGGGGCCCAACCCUGGCAACUGGUCGGCCUACCCUAGCCUCAAGCUCCUCAGAACGUGCCAAAAGACCAUGUUUUAUGACUUCUCCCUCUACGAUCCCCUGGACGACCCGACUGUCAACCAUCGCAUCCACGCUUGCUCUUCGUUCGGCUCCGACUUCUCCACAAUACCUCCCGAUUCUGCGGAUGCCCAGCGAGCCAACACUUCUACUUCAGCCACCCCCGUCCCAGUCCAGUUCGAGGUUGGAUGGUGGAGUGAGGGCUUCGGUCUGGCCGCCCCUGGCCUCCGGUCCCUGAUCACGCAGCUCCGCGAAUAUGUUGGGCGCGGUUACGGCGCCACUGACCGUCCCUUCAUCAUGUUUGGCCAGUCCGGACCUGCCACUAUCGGUCUCUACAUCGGCCACGGUCUCCUCAACCAGGCCAUCGGCGAGUCAGCUCUGCGGAUUUUCCAAUACAACCUUGAUAACCUGAACGUCUCAACGCCGAGCUUAGCCAUGCAGCUUUGCGCUCCCGGCUACGACAGUGCCCACGUCUUUGGCGUCAUGGUCACCAGCAAUGCCACUUUCGGACCCAUCCAAGAUGCGAUCAAGACCUGGGCCAACGCGACUUGUCUCUCGUUUGUCGGGUCGAGAAGCUUCGCUGGGGACGCCGUUUUCACCGCCCCGCUCCUGCCCACAAAUGGAACCGUCGGUUCAAACUCGUCCACCAUUCAAUCCAGGGCGCUUCAUCCCCGUGCCGAUUGCCGGACGGUGCAGGUCCAAGGAGGCGACAGCUGUGGGUCGCUGGCGACAAAGUGCGGCAUCUCCGGUGCUACCUUCACCAAGUAUAACCCAGGCUCUAGCUUUUGUUCUUCGCUGCGGCCGGGACAGCACGUUUGCUGCUCCAGCGGCAGCCUUCCCGAUUUCCGCCCGGUCCCCAACGCGGACGGCUCUUGCUCGACGUACAAGGUCAAGACCGACGACAACUGCGCCGAUAUUGCUGCCGCGUACUCUCUCACCGUUGACGACAUUGAGAGCUUCAACAAGAAGACGUGGGGCUGGAGCGGGUGCAAACUGCUGUUUCCCAACACGUUCAUGUGCCUGAGCAAGGGGACUCCGCCGUUCCCGGCCUCCAUCUCCAACGCCCAGUGCGGCCCGCAGAAGCCGGGAUCUCAGCCGCCGACGGACGGCUCCGACAUCGCCAGCCUCAACCCCUGCCCGCUGAAUGCCUGCUGCAACAUCUGGGGUCAAUGCGGUCUUUCCCGCGACUUCUGCAUCGAUACCAACACGGGGCCGCCGGGAACUGCUGCGCCGGGCACCUAUGGCUGCAUCUCCAACUGCGGCCUAGAUGUCAUCAAGGGCGACGGUAACGGGGCCAUCAAGGUUGCUUACUUCGAAGGUUACGGCUUCAACCGGGACUGCCUCUUCCAGGACGCGUCCCAACUGGACACGGGCAAGUUCACGCACGUCCACUUUGCCUUCGCGACGCUGAGCCCCACGUACGAGGUCCAGCUGGGCGAUGCACUCGCGUCGUACCAGUUUUCCGAAUUCAAGCGCAUCUCGGGCGCCAAGAAGAUUGUCUCGAUCGGCGGCUGGGACUUCUCGACGUCGCCUUCUACCAUCGACAUUUUCCGCGCCGGUGUCACGGCUGCCAACCGCUUAGCCAUGGCCAAGAGCAUUGCCAAGUUUGUUAUAGAUAACGACCUCGACGGUGUCGACAUUGACUGGGAAUAUCCUGGGGCACCCGACAUUCCUGCUCCUCGGACGGACGGCCAGGACGAGGGACCCAACUACCUCGCCUUUCUCGUCGUUCUGCGGAACUGCCUCCCCAACAAGUCCAUCUCGAUCGCCGCCCCUGCUUCGUACUGGUACCUGAAGCAGUUCCCUCUCCUGACGAUGAGCAAGGUCGUCGACUACAUCGUGUACAUGACGUACGAUCUUCACGGCCAGUGGGACGCGCACAACCAGUGGUCCCAGGACGGGUGUGAGGCAGGCAACUGCCUGCGCAGCCACGUCAACCUGACGGAAACCCGGCAGGCGCUGGCCAUGGUCACCAAGGCUGGAGUUCCUGGUCGGAAGAUUGUUGUCGGCGUGACCAGCUACGGCCGGUCCUUCCAGAUGGCCGACCCGGGCUGCUGGGGCCCAAAUUGUAAGUUCACCGGUGACCGGCUGAACUCGGACGCCACCAAGGGCCGUUGCACCGGGACGGCCGGGUACAUUGCGGAUGCGGAGACGGACGAGAUCAUGGCCGAUGGUGGCAGCCGUGUGGUGACGAGCUUCAUCGAUGCGACCAGCAACAGCAAUAUCCUCGUCUACGACAACAACCAAUGGGUCAGCUACAUGAGCUUCGGCAUCAAGAAGAUCCGCACCUCUCUCUACGCGAGCUGGGGUAUGGGCGGCACCACCGACUGGGCCAGCGACCUGCAGGAAUUCCACCCGGUCCCCGGGCCACUGAAGGACUGGGACGCGUAUAAGCUUGCUAUCAGCGUCGGGGAGGAUCCCAAGAUCGACAACACGCGGACCGGCAACUGGACAUCGCUGAACUGCUCAGAGGACAUGGUUAUGUAUUGGGGGGACUACCUUGCUGCCGACCGGUGGACGGGGCUGUACGCUGCUGAUGCGUGGAAAGACAUUGUUAGAGUCUGGUUCGACACUGACCAGGCGAGGAAGAAAACCUUUACCGGGUCGGUUUCAGAAACCCUUGGCACAGGGCUGGUUGCAGACUGCGCAAACAUUGCCAAUGGUAAAGUAGACAACUGCGAUGCCACGCUGCAAUGCCCGGAGGCGGCGAACGGUAAGACAUCCGGGCCGGCAGCAGUGGUGAUAUGGGACUCCCUGGUCUUAAUCCACGAGAAAUAUCACGAAUUCUACGAUGCGAUCAACGACGCCCAUACGAGUUUCAACUCCGCUAUCGACGACAUGGAAGAGACCUUUGCGCCUGUCCCGGAGGUUAAAGACAAGGACGCGUGGCUUGAUAUGUUGAUCGACGCGGUCAGCUUUGGAGCCGUGGCAGGUCUAGGGCGGUACAUCAAGAUUGCCGUCAAGGACCUAGCCUACUUUGCCGAGAACGAAUCCAAGACCGAGCAGCUCGUUGAGGUCGUCGGGGCCUUGGUCGACCAGGGCAAGGGCGCCGUGAAAAAGGAGGCCAAGGAGCCGCCGGGUGAUUGGACAGAGGCAAAGCAGAAGCAGCUAGGGACCUACCUGGGCCUGGCCUUCGACGGUUGGGCUGACGCUGCUCGGAAUGCCAGUUACAAAUUGUUUGACGGGAGCCAGGAGUCGGUCCGCACCCUCGGGGAUCUGAUUUCCGGCGGCAAGUUCACGGGCGGUAAGGGCGGUGGCAAGGACGACAAUUCCAACAAGAACACCGGUCUGAAGGAGACCAUUGGCAAAGCUUUCUUUGGGUUCGCCAUUCCCGCCAUCUGGCGCGCCUCCAACAACUAUGCGUUUGUGAUCGACUCGGGCUAUGCAUGCAAUGUGGACAGGCCACUGCCGGCCUUCCUGGAGGACAACACCAUGAACGCCACGGGCGCCUGCGUAGACGGCAUGCGCUACUACCUGGUCGCUCCCACCGGGAACCCUUUGGCGUGUUCGUGUCCGUCGGACAACACGGACGGCCACGAAUGCCCAAUAGCGUGCGAUCAUAACAAGUUCUCGGCACCCCCGGGCCUCGACCAGUUGGGCGGUCGGUUCGGAGGGGUCACCGUGGAGGACCUCACCACCGCCGCCGUCCGCGCAUGGAUCGCCAAAGGCAAGGACAACGACGUUGACGCGAGGGAUGCCAUGGCCCAGGCUGCUCUAGACGAUGUGAUGGCAUCCGACGACGCGCAGGUCCCAUUCACCAACCUCCCCGUCUGCUCCGCCGAUCGCGCCUUGCAGGGUUGGACCCACACCACCGCGGGCUCCUCCGACAGCUACCCGUGCGGCACCCUGCCGGGCAUCAACGCCUGUGGCGACUCGACUUUUGUGGACCAGACCAGCGACGCAUCGCCUCCUGUCAGCGACUGCCUCCAGAUUAUCAAGAACAUCGAAGGCGACCCCACGACCAGUUUCUCCCCCCCGACCAUUAAUGGCCAGUCCGGUAUCGCGUGGGGUCCCAAGGGGUGCACAUUUGGCGUGGAGGUGACCGAGCCGACCGCUGUUACUAACAUGUACAUCGGGGGUCAAGACAUUAUCGAUAUCAUCAAUGAUGCAGUCAAGAAGUUUGGCGGCAGCGGUAAGGUGGGAGCCAAGGGCAACAUGGUCUGCAACGGCCUUCCUAUCUUGUGGGGUCUUUACUAG